GCUUAUUAUGCAUGAUUUUAUUCCUCAAGAUAGUAGCAGAGGGUGAUUUUGCUUGCAAGCUGUUGGGCAAUUUUGGAAUGCCAAGCAUAUUCAAACAGGGUGAUAUCAUGCUCGGAGCAAUUUUUCCACUGUUCAACAAAGAAGAGAGUCUCAAUGUCGUAUUUCAAAAAGAACCACAUGGAGGGAACUGUGUUGGAUUUGACUUGCGAGCCUAUCGCUGGGCACAAGUGAUGAUGUUUACGAUAAAAGAAAUCAAUGAGGACCAGAGCUUGCUCCCAAACAUCACCUUGGGAUAUGCAAUUUUUGACUCAUGUGCCUCCCCAACAAACACAUUACGAGCUGCUCUUACUCUGGUAAGCGGACAAGAGGGGACUAAAUCAGCAGCUGAAUGCCGUCCUCCCAUAUGUGCAGUUAUUGCAGAAUCAGGAUCGUCUCAAUCCGCAGCAGCUGCUGGAACACUUGGACCAUUCGGUGUACCAAUGGUCAGUUACUUCUCAACGUGUGCAUGUCUGAGUGACAAACUUAAGUAUCCUACAUUUUUCCGUACAAUUCCAAGUGAUUACCAUCAAGCCAAAGCUUUAGCAUCUCUUGUCAAACGCUUUGGAUGGUCAUGGAUAGGAGCUAUUCAAGCUGACAAUGAUUAUGGACGAAAUGGGAUCCUAUCAUUCACAGAGGAAGUAAAAAAGUUUGGAGUUUGCAUCGCAUUUAUCGGAACAGUUUUAAGAACAUAUCCAAGGAGUAAAAUACUGGAAGUGGUGGAGACAAUUAAACAGUCGACAGUGAGAGUGAUUCUUGCAUUCGUCCCAGAAGGUGACCUGUAUCCUCUGAUGCAAGAACUUGUAAUGCAAAACAUCACAGGUAUCCAGUGGAUAGCAAGUGAAGCCUGGAUAACUGCAGCAAGACCAUCUACCAUUGAGAUUUUCCACUCGUUUGGUGGUGCGAUUGGAUUUGCAACCCGCAAAAUGGCAAUGCCUAAACUAAAAGACUUCCUUGUGAACAUAAAUCCCUUAGCUGUUCCACAGGAUCCUUUUGUGAGGGAUUUCUGGAAAACCAUUGUGGGCUGUGACUUAGGUUUGACAAGAGAGUCCUCUACAUCGACUCAUAUAUUGGCCAAAAGCAAAUUAUGCACAGGAGAUGAGAAACUGGAUCCAGCACAUGUUUUCUUCAAUGUAACACAACUACGAGUGUCAUAUAAUGUAUACAAAGCAGUGUAUGCCAUUGCACAUGCCCUUCAUAAUUUUAUAUUUUGUUUGAAUGAGAGUGAAAAAAAUCAGAGAAAAGUGUGCAUCAAUACUUCACAAAUUAAGCCCAGGCAGGUCAGUGAUCACCUAAAGACAGUGAAUUUUGUAAACAGCUUUGGGGAGGCUGUGUUCUUUGAUGAAAAUGGAGACCCUCCUCCUUCAUAUGAAAUCAUCAACUGGCAGUUGAGAGAUGGGGAGGUACAGCAUGUGACAGUGGGACAUUUCAUAACAUCAGCACAUGGAUAUGAGCUGGUUAUUGAAGAGGAAAACAUCAUCUGGAGUACAGGGAAAGUGAUUCCUAAAGCAGUAUGCACAGAAAUCUGCCCCACAGGCUCCAGGAAAGCUCAAAUGAAAGGCAAGCCCACCUGCUGCUUCGACUGCAUUCCGUGUGCAGAUGGAACAAUAGCCAACACAACAGGUGCAACUGACUGCAUUCCAUGUCCACUGGAGUACUGGUCAAACAAAGCAAAGGACCAGUGUAUACCUAAAAACAUAGAGUUUUUGUCUUACAAUGACGGCAUGGGAAUUGCACUUACAGUGGUAUCCCUGUCUGGGGUUUGUUUGGCAUUUGCAACUAUAGUGGUCUUCUUUAACUUUAAAACCACACCCAUUGUGAAGGCUAACAACUCUGAGCUGAGCUUCCUGUUGCUCUUCUCUCUGCUGCUUUGCUUCCUGUGCCCACUCACCUUCAUCGGGGAGCCCACAAUCUGGUCCUGUAUGCUGCGCCACACAGCCUUCGGUAUCACGUUUGCACUCUGCAUCUCCUGUGUAUUGGGAAAAACGAUAGUGGUGGUCACUGCCUUCAGAGCAACACUUCCCAACAAUAACAUGGCCAGGAAGUUUGGCCCAGUGCAGCAGCGGAUCAUAGUUUUCUCGUGCACCACUGUGCAAAUCUGCAUCUGUGUGCUCUGGCUCACACUCAACCCCCCUUUCCCAGAUAGAACAUUCAAACAGGAUGACAAAAAGAUCAUCCUAGAAUGCAACACGGGCUCAGAAACAGCAUUUUAUGCAGUCCUUGGAUACAUAGGUCUUCUCUCAGCAGUGUGCUUAGUGUUGGCCUUUUUAGCCAGGAAAUUGCCUGACAAUUUCAAUGAGGCAAAGUUCAUUACUUUCAGCAUGCUCAUUUUCUGUACUGUAUGGCUAACAUUCAUACCAGCAUAUGUUAGCUCACCAGGAAAGUACACUGUUGCAGUUGAAAUAUUUGCUAUUCUGUCCUCAACAUUUGGUUUACUGUUUUGCAUAUUUGCUCCCAAAUGCUAUAUAAUUUUAAUAAAACCAGAAAAGAAUACAAGGAAUAAUGUUAUGGGGAAAUUAAGGACAAAACGAUUAUGAACAUCGUUUUUGUAAUUUGCCCAAACAUUCUCA